CUCACAGUCUCAGUGUGCUGCCGGCUUUCUCAGCUGAUGCAAGCAUUAAAUUCGGUUUUGUUUUCGCUCUCUCGCUGCGUUCUCCGUUCUUUCGCUGUUCAUUCGCAAUGGAGUUCUUUGUCCGUCUACUUUUGCUAACCAUAAAAUUUGUUUCUUUCCUUGCAUAUCCGUUACAAUUCAUGUUUCGGUUAUGGAUGAAACGACUAUUUCGUGACGACACCGUAUCUCCUCCAAUCACCAAUCGCUUGUUAACCUACAAUGUGCAGGAACUGCGCAAUCGACUACGUGCACGCAAGCUGAAAUCCUAUGAUCUAGUGAGCGCAUAUAUCGAACGCAUCAAACUCGUCAAUCCCAUACUAAAUGCCAUUGUGGAAGAUCGUUUUCUCGGCGCUUUGCGAGAUGCGCGUGCCGUUGAUAAGCGCAUUGCAUCCGCCGGCGAUUUAAGGCAACUCUUCGAGCGACUCCCGUUACUUGGUCUGCCCGUCACCGUCAAGGAAUCCUGUGCAUUGGGUGGCAUGCGCUUUGCCGUUGGCAGCAUCUCUCGGAAACGUGUUCGUGCCACCGAAGAUGGCGUUGUUGUGGCACGCAUACGCGCCGCUGGCGCCAUUCCCCUGCUCGUAUCUGCCACGCCAGAAUAUUGCUACUCCGUGGACACAGACACGCUUAUCAAUGGACGCAGUCUGAAUCCCUAUGACUAUGGUUGCACUCCCGGCGGCAGUUCCGGAGGCGAAGGCGCCUUGAACGGGGCGGGAGCUUCGCUCUUUGGCAUUGGCUCCGAUAUUGGCGGCUCCAUACGCAUUCCAAGCUUAUUUUGCGGUGUCUUUGGCCACAAGCCCACCGGCGGCAUUGUUUCCGUCGAUGGCCAUUUUCCCAACUCUAAUGAUGCGGAUUUCAAAAAGUUUUUGACCAUUGGUCCCAUCACAAGAUUCGCCACAGAUCUCAGUCCAUUGCUGGAGAUUAUGGCGGGUCCGAAUGCGGUCAAAUUGCGUCUGCAUGAACCCGUUGAACUCACCAAUAUCAAAGUGCACUACUCCUUCGGUUUCCAAGGACUCAAUGGACUGAUGCAUCAGAGCGUCGAAAGAGCCAUUAAAAGGUCGAUACAGAGAGUAGCCACAUUUUUCACUAGGCUUGGCCUCAAGGUGCAACGUGUCAACUUGCCGGGAUUCCGCAACUCCUUAGAGUUGGGAUUGAGCGGCAUUGCUCGUCUAGAGAAUAUGCAAUUUGUACUCGAUGGACAAUUUAGAAUGUAUGAUACAUUAAGGGAGUUGGCUCGCAGUUCCACCGGAAAUUCGAUUUAUACGACGAAUGCUCUGAUCUUUGAUCUUAUGCGACGCAACAGCGCAUUUAUGCCCGGGGAGCAACUGGAGGCCUACAAGGAGGAGACAGAAAAGCUGACCACUGAAAUGAUUGAAUUGCUUGGUGAGGACGGCGUCUUGCUGUUUCCUACAAUGCAUUCGACGGCACCGCGACAUGGCUUCACAUCACUGCAUCUGUGGGGCGUGGAUUACACUCUACUUUUCAACGUUCUCGGGUUGCCCGUGACUCAUGUGCCCAUGGGACUCAAUGGAAAUGGUUUGCCAAUUGGAUUCUCGGUGAUUGCGGGACCGCAUCAGGAUCGUUUGUGCCUGCGUAUGGCCGUGGAAUUGGAGCAAGCUUUUGGUGGUUGGUGGCCGCCAUCACCCCACGAAUUUGAUAUUUAUUAAUCAAAAAUAAAAUGCAAAAAACA